AUGAUUCUGGAGAAGUUCAAGCUGGCUAAUCAUCCCAUGUCUUUUGGUAUUGGACUCAAAGAGCUGUGGCAGUUAGACCCGUCAAAGCACAAGCCAGGCUAUAUUGAGCACACCAUGGGGUGGCCUCUGGCGAUGGACCAGUACGGCGGGUCAUUCAUAUACCAUAUCUUUGACGAAGGACUACCGCUAGCGCAAGUUGGCUUCGUGGUGGCUUUGGACUACCGUAACACGUAUAUAAACCCAUUCCAAGAAUUUCAAAGAUGGAAGACUCAUCCAUCAAUUCGGGGGCAAUUCGAGGGCGGCAAACGGCUGGGAUAUGGUGCACGUGCUCUUAACGAGGGAGGAUAUCAGACUGUACCGAAAGUAGUAUUCCCUGGUGGUUGCCUGGUUGGUUGUACAGCAAGUACGUUGAACGUUGCAAAGUUAAAAGGAGUGCAUAAUGCCAUGAAAAGUGGAAUGCUGGCCGCCGAGUCCAUCUUCCCGGAAAUCAACGAAGAAACUACCUGUAUUACUCCUACUUCAUACACCAAAGCGCUUGAAGACAGUUACGUACUCAAGGGUUUGAAAGCAACUCGCAACAUUCGGCCCUCUUUCAACACAAGACUUGGGUGGUUGGGCGGUUUGUCAUACUCUGGAAUGUUCUACGUGUUGGGACGUGGUAUAGAACCUUGGACCCUUAAGCAUGGCAAGAAGGAUAAUGAAAAGCUAAAGAAGAAAGAGGAGUGCAAGCCAAUAGAAUAUCCGAAGCCUGACAAUAAACUUACAUUCGAUUUACUGUCGUCUGUGGCACUUACUGGAACUAUUCACGAGGAAAACCAACCGUCUCAUCUAACACUCAAAGAUGAUGAAGUUCCAGAGAAAAUCAACCUCAAACUGUAUGAUGGCCCUGAACAACGAUUCUGCCCUGCUGGUGUCUAUGAAUAUGUACCUAAAGAUAACAAUCCGUCGGAAAUGCGCUUACAAAUCAACGCUGCCAAUUGUAUUCACUGCAAAACCUGCGACAUUAAGGAUGUUACUCAAAACAUUAAUUGGGUAACACCUGAGGGAGGAGAAGGGCCUAAAUAUUCCGGAAUGUAG